GCCCUGGAGAAACUGUAUCGCCGCCAGCCAUCCUCCGUCCAACGGCCGUUAUCGUUGAUAUUCGUCAUCUUAUUGCUAAGCCAAGAUGUCACGGCCAUUGCCUAAAAAUAUUUCUCAAUUAUCAGCAAGAGGACAGAUGGAGAGGCGGCGACCACCGUUUCUCAGAGGCCCUAGUAGAAUGAGAGAGAAAAUAGAAAGAGGCAUAGGCAGUAAAAUGGAUUCUACAGGAAGUACACUAAGUGGAACUGGAGAUUGUUUAAGUGAAGAAGAUCUUUCACCAGAUGCAUUGGUUAGACAAAACUAUGAAUUACGUCAUCGUCUUGAAGAAGAAGCAGCCAAUUAUAAAAGACGUUUGGAUACAUAUAGACAAGCACAACAACAUCAGGCUGCUCUUGUUUCACGUUUACAAGCCAAAGUAUUGCAAUAUAAACAAAAAUGUUCAGAGUUAGAAAAUCAAAUGGCAGAAUCUAUAGUAUAUGAUUCUAAUAAAGUUGUAAGUUCUGCACCUCCAACAACUUCUGUUUUAGAUGCAGCUCAUCAAACACUAAGAGAAAUACGUGAAGAACAAAUAUAUGAUUUAGAUACUGCUCUAAAAAAACUAAGUGAAGAACGUAAAAGAUGUGAAAAAUUGCUGCAAUUAAAUACAACAUUGAAAGAUCAGUUAGAAGAAUCUCAUCAAACAAAUGAAGCACUUACAAAUGAUCUACAAAAAUUAAGUAAUGAUUGGGAUAUUUUAAGAGAAGAAUUAGCUAUCAAAGAAGAAGAGUGGAGAGAAGAAGAGCAAGCUUUUAAUGAUUAUUAUACUUCAGAACAUAACAGAUUAUUAAUUCUUUGGCGCGAUGUUGUUUCUGUAAAACGAUUAUUUGCAGAUAUAAAAUCUAGUACAGAAAGGGAUCUAUUAAAAAUGAAAAAUAACAUUAUUUCUACUUUUAAUGAUGUUUCAUCAGCUUGUAAUAAUACAGGAUUUGCUAUGAGAAUGCAAGCAGCUAUGCAUCCAAUGAUAUCUCAACAAGUUCAACAGGCACAAGAACAGGUAACAACUGAUUUAAAAACAGAAUUAAUAACACUUAAACAACAGUAUGAUGUAGCUCAAAAUGAAAUUCGUAUAAAGGAAGAAAAAAUCAAUCAACUUAUUCGUGAUGUUCACAGUUUGGAAGAAAGAUGUGGAGAAGCAGAAACAGAAAUUCAUCGCAAUACACGUUUGCAAGAUGAUAUAGAAAUUUUACAAUCUGCAUUGAGAGAUAUAGCACAUGCUGUAAUUCAAGAUGCAGAAAGUCGCGAAAUUGAAUCAACUCAAGCACCUCCUCAUCUUCAUUUAUCACCUACUGGACCAAUUCCUCAAAAAUCACCAAAAAGAGGUACAAGAAGCAACACCAUUCCAGCUUUUGCUGAAAGUACUAUAAGUGCUGUACAAGCAGCUCUCCAUAAAUAUCAAUUGACUAUACAUGAACUUCAGGUGAAAUUGCAAACUAAUAAAGAACAACUACAAAAUACUCGCAAACAAUGCGAAAAUGCGGAAGAGAAUGUUAAAACUCUAGAGAAAAAAGCAGAAGAACUGAUUAUUGAAUUAGAUGCAGUUCGAUUGCACUGUUCACAACUUAAUCAAGAAAAAGAUAUGUUACAAAAAGGACUUGAUACUAUAAGAAUAGAAAAAAAUACUCUUGAAAAAACCAGGAUAGAACUUAAUAAUAUGAUGGAGAAUUUAAACAAUGAUUGCGAAAAAUUGCAAAAAGCUAACAACAAAUUGCAAAAAAUUUGCGACAAUUUAGAAGAUGAAAAAUUAUAUCUUCAAAGUGAACUCAAUAGAUUAUCUAAAGAUGUAGAAUUGAGGGAAUUAAAUUUGCGUUCAGAAGAAGAUAGGUGCAGUAAAAUGAGAGAGGAAUUAUUAACUCUACGUGAAGAAUUGAAUAAAACAUAUCUCAGUAAAGAUAUGUUAGAACAACAAAAGUUAGAAACAGAUGGAUUAAUUUCACAAAUUGAAAAAAGCAAAGGUGAUUUAGAAUUAGAAUUGGAACGCGUAUUAUUAGAAAAAUCAGACGUGCAAGAAGUUUUAAUGAAACUAGAAACAGUUUGCAGCAAUCAUGAACAAGAGAAACAACGAUUACAAGAAGAAUUAAAAAAGGUAACAGAAGAAAAAAAUAAGUUAGCAAAUCAAUGUACGGAUCAACAAGGUGAUCUGGGUUCCUUAAGAAAAGAAUUACUUCAAGCAGAACAAACUAGACUUGAUUUAGAAUCAGAAAAAGUAACUUUGAAUGAAAAAGUGAAAUUUCUGGAGAUCGAAAAGGAGAAGAUUGAAAUAGAAUUGGCACAAGUUACGCGCGAACGUGGAGAUUUCAAUAAUCAAUUAUCAGUUUUAGCACGAAAGAAAGAAACAUUAAACGAAGAAUUGAUGAGACUCAAACAAAGAUUAGAACAGGCAAACGAAAUGAAUGGAAGAAUAAAUCGGAAUUUAGAAGAUCUUGUAAAAGAUAAUGAAGAAAAACAAGUUCUUUUAGAAACUAAUGAAAAGGAAGUACAACGAUUACAAGAGCAACUUGCUUCAAUGCGUAGUGAGAAAGAGACAUUAGAAGGUGUUUUAUUUGAUACACAAACUAGUCUAGAAAAUAUGCAUGUGAAAAAGACUCAAUUAGAAAAGGAACAGAAAGAACUUUUAAUAAAACAAGAAAGCUUAAAAGGACAAGUAGAAAGAUUAAUGAAAGAUUUGGAGAAUAGCGAAAAACGAAUUCAUGAAGUAAAGCAAACUUUAACGCAACAAAGUGGCGAUCAAGAAGCCGAAUUUCAACAAAUUAUUUCUAACGUGAAAAAACAUAGUGAAGAAAACAUAAAAAAAUUAAAUGAAGAAAAAGAACAAAUAAAGAUAAAUUUAGAAAAACGACUUCAGCAAUCUCUCUUGCAAGUUACUGGAGAAAAAGAUAAUGAAAUAAAUCAAUUGCAGCAAAGAAUAGAUGAAAUGCAACAACAUAUAGAAAAUUUGUGUCAGCAACAUGAAGAAGUUCUUCUUAGAGCAGAAAAUGAUAAACAGCAAGCUCUUCUUAUAGCUCAUCAUGAUCAGCAAGCAUUAAUGGAAAAACUUGAAACUGUUUUGCAUGAAAUGGAAGAAGAGAAAAAUAAUGUAGAACGAGUCAAACGAGAAGCUGCAGUAAAAACUGAACAAGAGCGUAAUAAUAUAAAUCAAUUACGUGAUGAAUUAAAUCGUCUUAAAACAAAAUUAGAUGAAACUAGAUUAAAAACUGAUGAAGAAAAAAUAAAACUUGAUCUAAAAAUAGAAGAACUCUGGAAAGAACGUGAAUUAGCACAAAGAGAAUCCGAAGAAUUACAAGUUCAAUUACAUAUGACAGAAGAUAAAGUUGAUAGUUUACAAAAUCAAUUGCAUGAAACUAUUAGAAAACUUAAAGAUGCUGAAAAUCUUAACGAAACAUUACGCAAAGAAUUAGUAGAUAUUAGAAGACAAUUAGGUGAUUCCACAUAUGAAAAAGAAAAGUAUAAUAGUAGUAAUAAAGAAUUACGCGAGCAUGUAAAACGCAUUGAAAGCGAAAAAAGAGAACAAAAUAGAAUAUUAGAAGAAUCAUAUCAAAAAAUUUCAGCACUGGAAGAUAUGAAAGUAAAUGUAGAUGCAGAGAGAUCUCGUCUUCAAGCACAAAUUCGUGAUAUGGAGAAAGAAAUGUUGCAAUUACAAAAACAACUUCAUUUUACUCAAGAUGAAUUACAAAAAUCACAUCAAAGUAAUGCUCAAGCACAAAAUGAUGAAAAAGAAUUGCAAGCUCGACUAACUAACGAAACAGAAGAAAGAGAACGUUUACAAUUGCAGUUACAUCAAGUAAAAAAACAGUUAAUGGAUGUUGACAAUAGUCUAAAAGUAACAAGACAAGAACUUGGAAGAUUGCGGUCACGUGCAGAUGAAGAGAAUGAACGGUGGAGAGUUAGAGAACAAGAACUAGUAGUUCGUCUUGAGGAUAGUCGAUGUCGUGAAAGAAAACUCGAGGAUCAAAAACAUAACUUAGAAGUUUGUUUAGCUGAUGCUUCUCAACAAAUUCAAGAACUGAAGGCACGUCUUGGAGGUUCCGAAGGACGAGUUCGAGCUUUAGAUGCGCAAUUAUCGCAAUUAGAAAUAACAAAAAAAGAAGUAGAACAAAAAUUAAGUAGCGUGGGAUCGACUUUACGUCGAAUUGCAGGUAUUCAAAUGGAUGGAAGUGUUAAUAUACCCUUUAAAUUAUUGAGUCCAUCAAGAAGGUGGAGUCCAGCAAGAGCUCAAGAUCAUAUUGAUUCUAGUAGAGAUGUGAUUCUUGAUGUUGAUCCUGAGAUUAUUAGAAAAGGUGUACGAUCUCUUAUGCAACAAGUAGCACAAAUCGAACGUGAAAGAGAUGAUUAUAAAACUGAAUUAUGUAAUUUGAAAAAACAAUUGGAUGAAAAUCAAGAGAUUCAAAAUAGAUCUGAUAUACAAAUAAACACUUUAUUAACAAAUAUAAGAAUGCUUCAGGAUGAAAAGAAUUCAUUGGAGGUAAAACUUUCUCAAAAACAAAGUGGUUAUGAAAUGCAGUUAAAUGCUUUACAACUAAAGUCAGAAGAAUGCGAGCAAUUACGCGAGAAGAUUAUCAAUCUUGAAUUAAUGAUUAGUAAUAAUUCUGAAGAAAAAAUACAAUUUGAGGAAAAACUAGAUAAAUUAAAACAAGUUUUAAACAAAGUAGAAAAUGAAAAACGUAAUUUACAAGAAGAACUUAGUAAAAGCGAAUCCCGCGCUACGAAAUUAGAAUUACAAAGAAUGUCAUUAGAAGGUGACCUUCAAAGAUUGCAAAUGAUGUUCCAAGAAAAAGAUGCAAAUAUUCAUAAAUUACAAGAACGAAAUGAUACACAAAAUCGAACAAUGACAACUUUAGAAGAACGUUGUACUUCAUUGAAAUCUAUGGUGGAACAAUUAAAUCUUGCAUUGGAAAAAGCAUCUACUACAGAAAAUGAAUUAAAGAAUGAAAUUAAUUCAAUGCAACAUAAUAUUAUGGAAUUAACAACUACUUUGCAAACUUCUAAUGAAAAAAAUAAACAGUUACAAAAACAAAUUUCAAAUGCUGAAAAUGAACGUAGAAUCUUAUCUGAACGUAUAGAAUCAAUGCAACAAUCUUUAAAUGAUCUCAAACAUACAAAUCAAACAUUAACAGAUCAAAUUACACGUCUUCAAAAUGAAUUGGCAAAUAAUGAAGUACAACGUUGUGCCUUAGAAUCUCAAUUAAGAAUAGUUGCCUAUCCAACACAAGAAGAAAAUAUAAAUAAGGAUGAAGAAUUAUUACGACAGUUACAAAUAGCACAAAGAGAGAGAAGUGAAAUGAGAGGAAAAAUGGAAGCACUUAAUGAUAAAAUGAAAUUAUUGGAAGCUGAUAAACGUAAUUUAGAACGACAACUAUCGUUAUUUAAAUCAACUAAUCGUAGCAAAAGUUAUGAACGUUAUGAGAAAGCACAUACAGAAUUAUUAGGCACAAGUUUCGAUAUAGAUCAUUAUGAACAAGAAAAUAGAGAAUUAAGAUUGAAAGUUCGUAGAUUAGAAACACAACUUGCAGAGAAGGAAGCUGAACUUAUAAGAUUGAAAUCAAGUUACACUCAUACACAUUCCGUAUUUGAUUUUAAUCGAGAUAGAACGGGCGAAAUUGAAAGACUUAGAGCAGCUCAAUUACAAGCUGAAAAAUUGUUAGAAGCAAGAGAACAAAGUCAUCGUCAACAAGUUUUGCGUUUGGAAAAUCAGAUACAAUUGUUACGCGAGCAACUUAAUCAAGAAAUAAAACGUCGACAAUUAUAUGUUUUACGAAGUUCAAGGGCAGGUAGAGAAAUGCAACAAUUAAGACAAGCCUUAGGCGAUUCUUUAAGAACUGUAGCUCAAGAUCCAUCAUUAGACGCAGUAUUAUUAGAACAUGAAGCUCGAAAAUUGGAUUCUACUUUGACAAGUACUACCAGUUUACCACCAUCAUUAGCUUUACCUCCGCCACCGUCUUAUGAUAGAUCUUCCACACCAGCACAACUCAAAUGAGUUAUAAUAUUGUUUCAGACUGAAUCAAAUGUGGUAACUGCCAAUAUAUGUUCAAUGAUACAAAAUAAGUAGUAUACAAUAAUUCUUCCAUAUAUGGGAACAUAAUUUGAUUAAUGUAUGUAUUAACUUUAAUCACAUACUUGAAAUUUAUUAUAAUAAGUUAUUUCAAGACUACUAAUUGAUAUAAUAUUUUAAUAAUGAGUAGCAUUUUAGUAUUUUGUAAUUUUUACAUACAAA